CGCCCGUCAUGGCGGCGCGGGCGGCGCUGGAGGUGGCGGCGGCGGCGGCGGCGCGGGACGUGGUUCUGUACGAGCACGACCGGAGCCGCUUCUUCCGCCUCGCGGGGCUCUUCUGCGCCAGCCAAGGGAUCUUCUGGGCUUACCUGGCUCAUUACGCCUUCACGGCGCUGCGCCCGGUGCCCGGUCCUGCUGCCGGUACCGGGGCCGAUGACCCGCUGAGACCCCGCGACAACAAGUGGCGCUUUGGGUUCACGGCGUCCUGCCUGACCGUCGGCUCGCUGACGGUGGCCGCGGGCUGGCUGCUGCCGCUGCGCUCGGUGGCGCGGCUGACGCUGCUGCGGGGCGGCACCGCCGUGAGCAUCGGGACGCCGGGGCCGCUCGGUAUCGGGCACCGAACGUUCACGGUGCCGCUCCGGGACGUGUCCGGUGCCGCUCACCGGAGCGAGGCCGCGGCCGCGGUGCCCAUCCGGGUGCGGGGCCGCCCGUUCUUCUUCCUGAUGGACAAACGGGGAAAGCUCCGGGAGCCGCGGUUGUUCGACGUUACCGUGGGGGCGGCCAGGAAAUGGUAGCGACACCGGGACAGUGAGGGGACACCGGGGUGGGACAAACGUGGACAACUCCGGGAGCCGCGGCUGAGCGGUGUCACGGAAAUUAUAGGGGACACCGGGACACGGAGGGGACACCGGGACAGAGGAGGGGACACCCGGACAUUGGGGACAUAGAGGGGUGUCAUGGAGGGGACACGGUGCUGGUGGCACCCCCUGGCACCCGCUAUCACCUGAUGCCACCUGUGGUCCCUUCCCGCCAACCGGUGUCACGUGAUGUCACCCGGUGUCCCCAGUGCCAUCUCCUGUCCCUCCCACCCCCCAUGGGGACAGCGCCGUUGUCACAAACUGUCCCAAAUUGUCACAAACUGUCACAAAUUGUCCCAGACUGUCAUAAACCAUCCCACACUGUCCCCAUCUGUCCCCUGUCACCCCCAGAAUAAAGCGGGAAACCCCCGGCUCUCUGAUUUAAUUCA